GGUGUCUGAAUCAUGAACAACCCCGUGAUCAAUAUUUACGGAAGUGUUCCCUGAGUGAACUCAGUACUCAUCUCCAGUAUGUUAUAUUGAUGUUAAUAUAGGUUAACUCCUGUAAGAAAGCGACGUGUUACCGCUUCAUCCUGCUCUUCAGAUAGCACUCAGGACGCCUGGUAGUCUGUCAGCUAGUAAACGUAAAGCAGGAACAAUUGCUACGCGGCUAACUUAGCUAGCUAUUACUCGGGUGAAACUGCAGAGCUAACUAACCCGUUAACAGGUUUUCAGUUCCCUUCUUGCGGACAUGGUUGUCUCGUCGUUAGCUUGGCUGUGUUUGGAAGUCAUAUGAAGUCUGCGAGGACAGUAUAUCCGAAAACGGUCAACACUGAAAGCUAACCGCUAGUUAGCACUAUGGGUGCCGAACAGAGUGGAGAUGCGGAGCACAAACACUCCGACUACAGCGCAUCGGUGGUGCCUUCUCCAGCAAAGCAGAAGGCGAAGAUGGAUGAUAUUGUGGUCGUGGCCCAGGGGACCCAGUCAAUGCGAAAUAUCCACAACGACCCAGAUGUCAUAAAGCUUCAAGAAAUACCUACAUUUCAGCCACUUUUGAAAGGAGUGCUGAGUGGCCAGACGUCACCCAGCAGUGUGUGUCUGGAAAGGCUGGAUACUACCCAGGUUCUGCAGCUCUGCGUCCGCUACCAGGACCACCUACACCAGUGUGCUGAGGCCGUGGCCUUCGACCAGAACGCCCUGGUCAAGAGGAUCAAGGAGAUGGACUUAUCAGUGGAAACCUUGUUCAGCAUUAUGCAGGAGCGCCAGAAACGCUACGCCAAGUACGCUGAGCAGAUCCAGAAAGUCAACGAGAUGUCCAUGAUCCUGAGACGCAUCCAGAUGGGCAUCGACCAGACGGUGCCGCUGAUGGAGCGCCUCAACAACAUGCUGCCUGAGAGCGAGCGCCUGGAGCCCUUCAGCAUGAGGCCUGAUGGGAAUACUGCCACCAAGUAGCCUCGUUAAAGCCAACACAGCUGCUUCUUACCCAAGUCUCCAUCCAAGUCCUCUGUCCAGGAAAGAGUGCAGGUCUGUUCAGCUGUAGGGAUGCUAAGUCUGUACAUGGGUACAAAAAAAUCUUAACCCAUUAGGGUUUUUUUGUUUUCAUAGUAGAGGUAGAGCUAAGGUUUAAACGUCUUAACUGCUCUAGUCAGGUCUGCAGGUUGUGAGCAGUUCUUUUUAUUCUUUUUACUUAUUGUAGGAAGUUUUGCUGAACACUCACGCUCUUAAUCAGCCACAGUGUAUGUAGCCCUUCCACUCAGCACAUGCAUAUUUAUAAUUAACCACAACCUUGUUUUGCGGUAGCAGAAGUUCUGGGAUCAAAUGUACCCCGACUGCAGAGGGCCUAGAGAUUAUUACUUAUCCCUUUGUUGCAGGGAAUCAAACUGACAAUCUGUUAGGCCUUCAGUACUAAUCUAAAGGCAGGAGAGGAACUAACCUCAGUUGAGUCAGAAUUAACUCCAUCCAUACCCUUAAAAAAACUUAGUAGAUGUGUUGCAGGUUUUAGAGACUCACAUGGCUGUGAGCAACAUAGAAGUAUCUCACAUUUCUUCCUGCUGCUCUGGAGGUUUGCGUACAUCUUCCAAAACACCAGAGCUGCUCAAGAACUGGCAGUGGAUUGAUUUUGGAUCUUACUCUUCACAUUACAAAUUUGUUGUUUGUGAUUCUCCCACACCAUAUGCCUCGCUCACUGUUUGGCCAUCCCUUCCAUGAGCUGCUUGUGUGCAGAUUGACAGCUUUUAAUUUUUUAAACAAUAUUGGUGCAUCGUUUUGGGAUAUAACGAUGAAGCGACUCAUGGAGAGGACCAAGGUGGAUUAUUGCCAUUGGAUUACGUAAGGAGCACGGAUGUACUGUACAGUGGAAAUGAAAUAAGAAACUUCUCUGUGGACAGAAGAUAUUCUCAUGAAGUUGUGAACUUCAGUUUUGUGAUGAGGGAACUUUAAUUUAUUUGGAUACAUUCGCUUUAGCAGUUGUGUCAAGCCUAUUUGCAUGCAAAGGGAGACCCUGACGCUUCAGCAGAUUGGUACAGAAGAUGGUUGCAGAGGUGGACAGAAAACAUUCAAACAAGUGUCCCACUCGUCAAGAGAUCUCUGACCAACCACACUUUCAGAUCACUGCACUGCAGCAUUAAGUUGUCACAGUGAUAGCCAAACAUCACACGUACCAAAGAUUCGCAAGUCCUCAAACUGCUGAAUAAAAAGUGGCACUUUAGAAACAGUUGGUCGUAUCUUGGGUCUCUCAGAGGAAAGUGAUCGAGUGAACUUGCUGUUGAAUAUUUGUUUCUGUAUCAUGCGUUUUUCUCUUUAGGCUUAAAGGGUCAGUUCACCCAAAUGCUUCAAAAACCUUACCUCUAUAGCUAUCUGUCUGUGCACAUAGGUUUUAUUUGUCCAGGUCUUGACAAAUCUGUCACUUCCACAGUUCAGUUAUAUUCUUGGUGUUGACAGUUGGGAUAGUCAACAAAACACCCUGUCAAUGAUUGAAAUAUAGACUAUUUGUUAUGGAAAAAGUAACCAGGACAUUGCUUCUGAAAGACUGAAUUGUUAAUAUAACUUUUCAAUGUUGUAAGCACCACAAACACAGUUACAUUCAUCUAUAUUAUAUUUGGUGACAACAGAAGUCUCAGAGGCAGAUGUCACAGAACUUGGGCAAAUAAAAUUAACUAUUCGCAUGGCUGAAUAUUUGGGUAAACAAACACUUUACCUAAUCAGUGUUCAGUGUGGCAAUAAAGAAUAAGACAAAAAAGGAGAAACUGUUAUUUUUGUUGCCGUUUCAGUGUGGGCUUGUGUACGUCCACCGGGUGGUGCCAGAGAUAACUCAGCACAGUCUGUGGCUUCAACGCACACAUUUUAAGGUUGAAAGUCCCAAAACAGUUUCACAGAGUAUGUCAGAAGUUGAGUGUCAUGCUGAAGGAUACUUGGGCAAAAGGGUUGUUUCUGUUCACACACUGACUGACUGACUGAAUGAAUGAAUGGGAAUGGACAAUGAAACCUUUCCAUUACUUCUACUAGAGCUUCAGGUAGCCUUAUCUCAUCUGACCAUGUCAUUUUAUCUACAGUACAUGUGCCACCCUCUUCCACUACAGAGAUUACAGUGGUUACCAAACGUCUUAGAAAUUAGGUAAUAUUGCGGCACCCUUGGUCAGUGGUUCUUACCCUUAUAGGUGUUAAGGGCCCCCAAAAUGAGACACAUCAGGCCCUGGACCCAUAUUAGAUAUGAUGUAGUCUCUGAUAAGAUUUAGUUUUUCCAUAACUGUAAUACUAUAGGUUUUCAGAUUAAAAAUGACGUGUGAAACCUCUGAACAGAAUAAUCAUUCUUGCACAUUCUCUCAUUUGGCUAAAUAAAUAAUAUAUUUCCCAUUUUGAGAGCCACUGUCCAAGGAUACAAUAGCACCCAUUUUGGGAAAUACUACUUUAUCAAACUCUGAUACUUUUUCUGAUAAUUCCCUCUUUCCAGUCUGUGUUUCUUUUGUUUGUGGCACUAGCAACGUAACAGUAGCCUUGAGGCCGGGCGUAUGGCUUGGGCAUUACAUGUCUAUAUCAAACAAAAGACCAAAUUUAGAAUAAGGAGUUCGGCCUAGAAAGGGCUUACUGUUAAUGGGGAGCGGCUCCUCUCUGGAUUUAGUGCUGGUGUUUUUUCCCAUGAUGAGCUGCCUAAUGAGAACGGUGUGUAGGUUGUUGAAUUUUUCAGCCGUAUGAAAACAUGCUGAACUCAGUUACACCCACAAAAGGAUCCUCCUGCGGCUGGCUUGCUUUGAGGUACAGAAUUAGUCGGGUUCGUUGACAUAAGGGACACAAUGCAGAGACUAAUUUUUCUUUUGAAUUUAAAGCAGAAUUCCUUUGAUAUGUUAUUGCCUUUCAUGUGUAAAUUAAAACGGCUGAAAAAUGUCUUAAA